UAACCUCAGUGAUCGGUUAUUGUUGUUUUGUAUCAGGCACCAAUCCAUGAUUUAUCAUUGCUUUGACGAUUAACAAUAAUUUCAAGUUAUUUUGGUGAGUUGGGAAAAUGAGGAUCGCCGUGGAAGGUUGCGCUCAUGGGGAACUGGAGAUAAUUUACAAUGCUUUGGAAGAAAUUGAGAAAAAUGAAGGGAAGAAGAUUGAUUUAUUGAUUUGUUGCGGAGAUUUUCAAUCAACUAGAAAUCUUGAUGAUCUCAAUUCCAUGGCUGUCCCUGAUAAAUUUAAGGAUAUGUGUACAUUUUACAAAUAUUAUUCAGGGGAGAAAAUUGCCCCAAUCCUUACGAUCUUCAUUGGGGGCAAUCAUGAGGCCUCGAGCUAUCUCCAAGAGCUCUCCUACGGUGGCUGGGUGGCCCCAAAAAUAUAUUACCUGGGACAAGCAAAUGUUGUAAAUAUUGGGGGCCUUAGGAUAGCUGGGAUAUCAGGAAUAUACAAAGCAAAGCAUUAUCUGAGGGGUCAUUUCGAACUGCCCCCCUACAAUGAUUCCACCCUUCGCAGUGUCUAUCAUAUUAGAAAUCUCGAAAUAUUCAGGCUACGACAACUCACUGGAAACAUCGACAUCUUCCUCUCUCACGACUGGCCCAAUGGUGUUACCAAAUUUGGUGACGAACAGGCCCUUUUGAGACGAAAAAAACACUUCAAAGACGACAUCGCUGCUGAUCAGCUCGGCAGUCCCCCCUCCAUGGAUCUGUUGACUCAACAUCAUCCCAAAUACUGGUUCUCAGCUCAUCUUCACUGCAAAUUUGCUGCCAUUAUCCCCAACGAGGACAACUCCAGGUCCACCAAAUUUCUAGCUCUCGACAAGUGUCUAGCAAAGAGACCAUUCUUGCAGGUCCUUGAUAUUCCUCAUGACGAGAAUGCCUCGAUGGAUCUGUCUUACGACCUCGAGUGGCUGGCCAUUUUGUACUUAACGAAUCAUUUGUUAUCUGUAAAGAAUUCAAUUCAGUAUAUGCCGGGACCAAAGUGCAGAGGUAGAUGGAAUUUUUCACCAUCGGAGAGUGAAAAGGAGAGUGUCCUGAAAAGGUUUUCGGGGUGCCUAAAGAUUACAGAGAAUUUCGAGAGGACAGUGGAAGCGUAUGUUCCAGGAUCACCCGUAAAAUAUGCGAAAAGGUCUAAUGAAAAGUUCAAAACUAAUAAACAAACCACGGAUUUCUGCAAUAAAUUAGAGAUUGACGACCCCCCAGGGUUAUUAUUAAUUAUGCAAGGAGGCGAGUCUAAGACUGAGAAUGGAGAGGAAUUUUCUCAGUCGUUCAAUUCCAUAGGGGACGAGCAGGACAUUUCUGCAAGUCUCGAUGAUGAUUUGACGUACGAGAGUGACCUCACCUUCGAGGCUUCCCUCAAUGAUGACUCGGGGUUGAGGGAUGAAGGGGAGGAAAGUGGAGGGCGGGAUUGCGAUGAACUGAGGGACGAAGGCGAGGGGGUUAGUGAAGUGCAAUCUCCGAUCGAACCGAAUUUGAAAAAAUUCAAGAGACGAAACCUUGCAAUUUAUGCAGAUACCACUGAUAUUGACUUAUAAUUUUCUUACUUUAAAAACUGUUUCGUCGUUCUUUGUAAAAAAUAAGAACACACGUAUAGGUAAACUCCCCUUUUUCAAUAGUGAAGACAAUUUGAUAUUCAGAAAUAAAAACAAGAGUAAAUAGGUUUUAUAAAACUUUAUUUAUCGACAUCCUCUUGGAACAUCUGUAAGAAACGAUAUAAAACGAAAAAUUAGAAAUUAAAUCACGUA